GCUGUUCGAUAGUCACGUUAUUCGAAUGCCGUCCUCAUCUAAGUAAUCCUCUGUUUCAAUACAAUUGCGUCCCUACCACUGUUUCUUUGCGUGCAGGGCAGAUCAUCUCCCGCACAGUGAUAUGUAUGCGGACGUCCGCAGCUUACACAGAUUCUUGUCGAACGCGGCAUAAGUUGUGACUCUAGUCCACGCGGCGGACAUCUAGAUGACCACACGCCCUCCUCGCUCCCCGGAUGUUCGCCACGUCAUGAAUCGUAAUUUGCGUCGUAACAAGGUCGUGAUCGUAGAGCGUUGUAUUGGAGCACUUCGAUCAGUCGAUCGUGUCAAAGAACAGAGUGACAAUUACCCCCCUUUUCGCUCUAUUAUUCGUUGGGGAGCGAAGUCCGAUUUCGGUGGCGAAAUCUUUCGACGGCGAUGUCAGACCACAGAAAAUUAUGAAGAUUUAUGGAUGGUUUUAGUGGGCGGACUUGAUUGUUUGUUGGGUUGGAACGGUUCCUCUCAAGUGUGCGCUCUUUAUUCGAAGCUUAGGUCGGCAGUGAUCCCUAAAGAACAGGUGUUUUUGGUUGAUAUUUAGUCCGUUUUGCCCACGGUAUCUAUGUUUACUUGCGUUCAUAAGUAAUAUUGGUUGCACAAGAUGUAAUUGUUGAUUUUUAGUCUAUUUUUUCGACAGUAUCUGUAUCUACUUGCGUUCUUUAGUAAUAUUGGUUGCGGAAGAUCUAAUUUUUGGGUCUUAUACUUCGGUGGUACGUGGGUUCGAACAAGUUUCAUUUGGGUCGUACAGAAAUUUUGCCGUCAUUUGCUUAGAGGAAACGAGUAACUUGCCCUGAGCCUGAGGGAAGAAAUGAUGCAGCCAUAUGACAGUGACAAAAAUGAAAGGAGUUCAUGCACUUCCAUUAAGAACGACAACUUAGAUAUGCCACGGACAUCGGAUGAUAGUACAGAUAAGGAUGUUGAUAUUGUACUUUGCCGUGUUUGCCAUUGUUCUGAAUGUGACAGAAGGGGUGAUGCUGCCUUGAGUUUUUUAAAUAUUGUUCCUCCGUCACAAGAAUAUCUGGAAAGCAAUGUUGAUGGAGACUCCAGUGAUAAACUUCCCAGAGAGUGUACUCUAAAGGAGGUCAACAAUAAUAAGACAUCCCAGGAGCAGAAGGAAUUUAUUGAGUUCGUAGGUCCUGAAGGCGAGAUAUUUGUUUGCAGUGCUGAUGUAGAAUCAGGUUCAUACUUUAAUCAAGACACACUAAUUGAUCUAGGAUGUUCUUGCAAAAAUGAUCUUGCUCAGGCACAUUAUGCUUGUGCUCUGAAGUGGUUUGUAAGCCAUGGUUCUACCGUGUGUGAGAUUUGUGGAAGUGUGGCUAAGAAUGUAAGGGUGACAGAUUUCAGAAAGGUUAUGGCAUCUUUGAAGGAUUACGAAGAAUUAAGGAAUAGGACAGCAACCGGAGAAUUUUCAUAUUCACAUGUGGGGAUGAAUUCAGGUGUCGAUCCUGAUGCUGUUGCUGCUAUCCGAAGACAAAGACUGAGUGAAAUAUCAUUGUGGUUCAGUCCUCAUAGUAAUUUGGUAACAGUCUCCCAGGAAGCUUUAGAAGAAUUUCCAUAUAAUCCAACAGAAAAUGUUGUGAAUAUGGAGACUCAAACGGCCAAAUGGGCUUUGGAAGGUACAGGGAUUUUAGUUGCCGUUGGACUGGUCACUGUUAUUCUCACAUGGUUUAUUGCUUCACAUGUUGGAAAGAAAGCUGCUAGAUAUGGUUUUAAUAUUCUUCUUGGAGGCGUAUGUGCUUUGGUGGUUGUGAUCUUUCUUAGAUUUGUUUUUCGAACAAGAUUCAAGUAUGGAGCAGCACGCUACUGGACAAUCUCAUUUGUAUUUUGGUUUCUUGCUUUUGCAAUAUGGGCCUCUCGGACUCGGAACGUUCGGUCCACAUGAUCCUGCCUGUGGAAUUGGAGCGACCUAUAUUCUUUGACAAUGGACCAGGCUUUCAUCAUCGCUUGAUUGCUGUUUGGCAAUAAGACACAGACAUUAGUGAUAAUGUCGGUAUUGCAUCGUCUAAAGGAGCCACAGUUUUUGGUUGACAUCAAAAGAUGUCAAAAGAUGGUUCAAUAUCCUGGUGGCAAAGAUGAUGAUUUGUGUAUACAACUGCGCCGUAGAUCCAGACGGCGUGCGUUGAGGUAUAAUAGAAAUGUGGUUGUUAUGCAUUCAGGCUAGAUAGUUUUUCAUAUUGCCUAGUGAUACAUACUCAAUUUUGUGUUUCAAACUUUCAACCCUAUCAUAGUAAGGGUUUUAAUGCAAUGUGCACGUCGUAGAAUCGAUUUGUUA